GAUCCGUACCAGGAAGACAAUGCAAUCAGUAGUGUCCAUCCGGGCAGCACUAGUCAUCGUUUGCAGCCAGCUAACCGUUUCCGUGAGCGUGAUGUAGCAAGUGAACCAAGUGUGCUAAAACCAAAUUGAAGUGAACAAAUUAAUAAGUGCCAAAGGAUUGUGAACGAUGAAACCGCUACCAACUUGCCAGGUUACCUUUUCGGUGGUUCUGCUGCUACUGCUUGCAAUCAUUCUGCCGCACUUGGAUUGCUUAGCAACGGCGAACAAAGGUAGCAAAGCAUCGAAACGUUCGGUGAAGAAAAUGAUACUACUAGAUCGUACACCCGUACUACCGGAUAGGGUACGGUUGCUCACGCAAUGUGCCGACGGAAGUGUGAACUGUACGCGUACCUGCCCGGAUAGUUACACCAUCGAUGCACAGCAACAGUACUGUCGUCCCAAGCGCCAGGACGGUAUCUGUCCACCCGGGUACAUUCAACGGUCCGGCGCCGGUGGGGCUGGUGGUUGCGUGCUGGAAGAAAUCCAAUGUCCACCGGGCAGUACACGCGAGGGCAAUCGAUGUAUCGUGCGUAGUUACACCUGUCCGUCCGGCUACAUGCAACGAGGACAGAGUUGCGUACGUGAUAACAUCUGUCAACCGGGCUACCGGUGGGAAAGUGGCCUCUGUUUCCCUGCCUCCGCAAGAAUCUUCUGUCCACCCGGCUACACGGAGCAACAUCCCGGUGGAAACUGUGCGCCUGCGGCUUGUUCGGACUGUUGCGAUUGUCGUGACGAGAUGGCGGCUACCAUUUGUCCUUCCGGGUACACCAACCAGUGGGGCCGUUGCGUGCGUCAUCAGCAAGCAUCUCCGGAUCUACGCAUACACUCCGUCACAUACCGGCUGCCGGUUGAGUGUGCCGCUGGCCAAACGUUUAAUGGUGGCCAGUGCGAAACGAUGAGUACGAUCGGCCGGCCAGUAUGUCGGGCGGGUCAUUUUUACAACGGUUCGUGUGUAGAAGUUGCCAAAUGUAUGCGUGGCACGCUGAACAAUGUGUGCUCGUGCGAGCUCGAACAGACCGUGGCAAGCACGUGUGCGGUAGGCAAAAUGCAGGACGGUCAGUGUUUGCUGGCACGGGCACACUGUAGAGCACCGGCUCGGCUACGGAAUGGAGUGUGCGUGCGGGAGACGAAAAGUCGCGUCACCUGUCCGGAUGGUGGAGUUCCGUUCCAAAAGGAGUUUUGCGCUCUGGAAGCUCCUCGCUGCGCGAGAGGUUUCACGCUGGAUGAACAUGGACUGUGUCGAAAGGCCACAGCUUGCACGUUCGACUGUGGCCCUUAUCAGAGGCAAAAUCGGUGGUGCGGUCUCCCAGCAAACUGUCCGGAAGGUUACACACUAAGCGACGGUGGCCACUGCGUAAGGGAAACAGUUCGGCCAGCCUUCAGCUGCCCCGAAGGAACAAUCGAACGAGGCGAACGAUGCAUCAGUGUGACACCGAUCUGUCGCUCCAACUUCCGAUACGAUCCGCGAGUUGAUCUGUGCACACGCUGUGAAGAACGAUCGUUGACGUGUGCGCGAGGUAAUUUCACGGGUGGACAGUGUACGUGGAACGAACCGGCAUGUCCUUCGGGGUACGAAUGGAAGGAUAGCAUGUGUGUGCGUAACGACACGCGUAAGUACCAUUGCCGAAAGGGAUACGAGCAUGGCGAGCAGUGUGUACACGGAGAACUGUCCUGUCCGAUCGGAUACGAACUGCAGGGUGAGAGUUGUAUCGUUCGUGAGGAUAUUCACUGUCCAGAGGGUUCCUAUCCGUUGGAUGGCCGGUGCACCGUCGCCAAGGAGUGUCCGGAUGGGUUCCAAUCGGGAUCGGACGCCUGCGUACGAGAAACACGACGGUUUCUUAAUGCAACGCAACCGUCCUGUCCAGUCGGCUUCGUUUACGAUGGAGAUGUUUGCGUCCGUCGAUCGAUAGGUGAAGCCAUGAUCAGCCGCCAAGAAGCACUUUGUCCCGAUGGGUACGAGCGAGGAAGGGAUGGAGAUUGUGUGCGCUUAGUACGCACGUUCCCCGUAUGUCCACCACGUACCAUCUACACGGAUCGUACUGAUCGGUGUUACUGCGAGGUGGACCUAAUGUGUCCCACCGGUUACGAACGAACUGGUACGGAUUGUACGUACCGUGCGGCCGGAUACAGCUCGCUGGUAAACUUCCUCAAUCCGUGCUACGGAGCGUUCUGUGGUGGCGGUGCAUACUGCAUCACCCAGUGCACAUUCCCGCCAUGUCCCUUUGAACCUUGUGCUGCUGAUGGGCCGGGACUGACGGCAACAUUUGGGCCACGUGCGACACGUUGCCUAACGCCGGGAGCAACCGAUGAAGAUUGUCCACCACAGACCGUCAUUGGACUCGUCUGUCCGCCCGGAUACGAGCGCGUUAACAGUUCCUGUCUCGCCUACUACGACAAAGUGUGUCCGGAUGGUUACGAGCUAGAUGGUGGGGACGAGUGUACACGUACCAUCCAUCUCGCACCCGUAUGCCCUUCAGGAUACCGCAUCGCACCGGAUGCCGGAUCUUGCAUACAGGCUUCCUGUCCGAACGGGUUCAAACUUACGGGAAUCGGGACGACGUGCGAAAAGCGUGAACUUCGCUCACCGAAAGCGUGCCCACCCGGGUGGGAUUUCUUCCAGGGAGCUUGCUACCGGCGAUCGCUUUGCCGGAACGGAACCAUUGAAGGUGCGUACUGCGUUGAGCGAGAAUUCACACGACCCACCUGCCCGGAAGGUUACAUCCAGCGGGGAGAGGACUGCGCAAAGGAAGGAUCCUGUCCCGGCUCAGCUCUGAUCGAUGGUAUGUGCGUACAAAUAGCAGAUCCCGCACCCUGUCCGGAUGGGACGUAUCGCCACGGAAAGCAUUGCGUGUAUCCGGACGCUCCGGAGUGUGAGGAUGUCCAAUACGUGGCCACCGAAUGCGGCUCGGAGGUGGACUCGCGAGGAUAUUGUUGGCAUAGAUCCGCUCCAACCUGCCCCCAGGGUUACCGGAUGCGGGACGAUCGAUGUAUUGCGUGUCAGACGGAGAAACCAAACUGUCCCUCCAACAUGGCUAUUCGACAGGAGAUGUGCACAGCGGAACGAAUCAUCUGUCCCGAGGGGCAUUUUCUACGCAAUGGACACUGCGUCACGCUGCACGUCACUCGUCCACGUUGUCCGGCUGGUGACUACACACUUUGCAACGGUUUCUGUAUCAUGUCCUACGCACAUGAAUGCAAGGGAGCUGAGUACGAACUGGCAAUGUGUAGUCGGGGAUACAUGUACAAGGGCAAGUGUGUGGAGCAUGGACGUUGCGCGGAUGCGGAUCAUACGCUCGUUAACGGUGAGUGUCAGAUUCGAUCGUUCACCGAUUCGUCCUGCCAUGGAAAGGGCAGUCGGGUUGGUGAGCUAUGCAUUGGCGGAACACCGCAAUGUCCUUCAAACUAUGCGCUGACUGGAGGUCGAUGCUACAGCAGCCAUACAGAAAAUGCACAAUGCUCGGCCGGAGGGUCAGCGUGUACCGAUAGCUUUUGCCAGCUGGAACCACCUCGCUGUACUUCCUCGGGGGCCAUCUUUGAUGGACGUGGCUGUCAGCAGCUCGUUACCAGCAAACCAUCCUGUCCCACCGGAACAACACCCGAUCGGUACGAACCAAAGUUCUGUCAGCUCAAAUCGGAACGUGCCGUUUACAACUGUCCCGCCGAAUAUCACUACCAGAAUGGUGUUUGCUUGAAAAAACUCUAUAAAACCCCAUCCUGCCCGACGGACUACAAACUGCGCAAUGGUGCCUGUGUAAAGCGGGUCUGUACCAAAAUGUCCACAGGAUCAUCGUGUGCGAUUUUGCCUUCCAGUACAGCGGGAAGCCUAUCCUGUGCUCAAUGUUUGAACGAUACCGCCAGUCCGGCUGGCGGAGCAUGGACCUCGGACCGGGAAAGUGUGGAUUUAUGUUGUAUGGUGUACUCACCACGGAUCUGUGACGACAACAGUGAAUGCCAUCAUGAGCAGGAGCGUCUUUGUGGUUCCUUCUGUCUCACCGAGGACGAUCGUAUCUAUCUGACGGUGUCACGCACGCUGCAGAUAGGAACACGACUGUACGUGGCUCCAAGCCAACGCAACGGAGUGAACGAUUUCGAUGAAGAUGAAGAAGAUGAUCUGGAGGAUGAUGAUAAUCACUCACUAGAUUGUAUGCAGUGUGAACUUGGACCGGCUAAUUGUCCCACGCGAUGCAGCACGUAUGAUUGUGAAGAAGAGGAUGGGGAAGGAUGUAAUUUUAAGGAAGCUUCCACGUUUUGCGCCCAGUACAGGGAUACGAAAAUCUGCGAACAUUUGCGCCGGGGUUUUUGAACAAUUCGUAACCGGAAGAGUAGGUAUGUGUAAUUUAAAAAAAACGUGCAGUUUGUUGUAACCGGUCGAGAGUGGUGUGCAAUAAAUAAAAUACAUUUACAUUGGACAAUGUUGAAAUACAACAGAAAGCAAUGUUAUUUGAUUGUUUAAAUUACCUCUUUAUGGAUCAUAUAUUUUUUGUUGUGGGUUUUGUAGCGUAGUUUUUGUAAAACAAAAUUAGAUCGAAUUUAGCUU